CUGGCAUGUACGUCUGUGUGGCCACCAACAUGGUGGGCGAACGGGACAGUGAGCCGGCCGAACUGGUGGUCUUUGAACGCCCCACGUUCAUCAAGAGACCUGUAAACCAAGUGGUGCUUGCAGAAGAUACUGUGAAUUUCCACUGCGAGGUGCAGGGGGACCCUGUGCCGACGUCUCGCUGGCGCAAGGAGGAAGGAGAGCUUCCUCGAGGGAGAUCUGAGAUCCAGAAUGACAACACGCUGCGCAUCAGCCGGGUGAGUGCGGAGGACGAGGGCACCUACACCUGUGUGGCAGAGAACAGCGUGGGCAAAUCUGAAGCCUCCAGCUCCCUUAGCGUCCAUGUUGGCCCAUUCCUUCCUCCUCAGUUAGUGACCCGGCCUCGGGACCAGAUUGUAGCACAAGGCCGCACUGUGACCUUUCAAUGUGAGACCAAAGGAAACCCACCUCCAGCCGUCUUCUGGCAAAAGGAAGGCAGCCAGAUCCUGCUUUUCCCCAGCCAGCCCCCUCAGGCCAUGGGACGUUUUUCUGUAUCUCCAAGCGGCGAGAUGACCAUCGCGGAUGUGCAGACCUCUGACUCAGGCUACUACAUGUGCCAGGCCAUUAGUGUGGCAGGAAGCAUCCUGGCCAAAGCUCUCCUGGAGGUGGAAGAUGUGACAUCAGAUCGUAUUCCACCCAUCAUUCGCCGAGGACCAACCAAUCAAACCCUUGCCAUAGAUUCUACAGCACAGCUGCAGUGUCAUGUGACCGGAAACCCCCUGCCCAGUAUCCAAUGGCUGAAAGAUGGACAAAGGAUUGUGGGCAGCGACCCAAAAGUCAGUCUGUUAGAUAAUGGAACCCUACAGAUUACAAACCUACAGGUUUCAGACUCCGGACUGUAUGUUUGUGUUGCAACAAGCUCCACCGGUGAGACGACAUGGAGUGGGUUCCUGGCAGUGCGAGAAAAUGGGGCUGACCUCCAGAUGCAGGUCCCAGAGCCAAGCCUUCUCCCAGGGCCGCCGUCUGCACCUCUGGUCACCGACGUCACCAAGAACAGUGUUGCUUUGAUUUGGAAGCCGAACCCUGUAAGCGGAGGAGCCACAGUCAGCUCUUACAUAAUAGAAGCAUUCAGUCAGUCAUCGGGGAGCACGUGGCAGACAGUGGCCGAUAACGUGAAGGUGGAGAAGCACACGGUCAGCGGCUUGAACCCCAACACCAUCUACCUCUUCCUCAUACGGGCUGUCAACAUGUAUGGCCUGAGCGACCCCAGCCCUGUCUCGGAGCCGGUCCGCACGCAAGAUGUGAGUCCCACCCGGCAGGGAGUAGAUCACAGGCAGGUGCAAAAGGAACUCGGCGAGGUUGUGGUCCAGCUGCAGGAGCCCGUCAUCCUCACCUCCACCACCAUCCAAGUGACAUGGACCGUGGACCGCCAGGCUCAGUUCAUCCAAGGCUACCGAGUGAUGUACCGGCCCAAGAGCAGUGCCUGGCUGGUGCAGGACGUGAAGUCGCCCACUGAACGAAGCACUGUUCUGGUGGAGCUGCACAAGGGCCAAGAAUAUGAGAUCAAAAUCCGCCCAUAUUUCGAUGAGUUCCAGGGCAUGGACAGCGAAGUGCUGCUAGUGCGCACCCCAGAGGAAGCUCCUAGUGCCCCUCCUCAGGCAGUUACCGUAGUAACCGUGGGGAGCAGCAACAGUACCAGCAUCAGCGUAUCGUGGGAGCCGCCCCCUCCUGACGCUCAGAACGGCAUCAUCCAGGAUUACCGGGUUUGGUGUCUAGGCAAUGAGUCUCGUUACCACAUUAACAAGACGGUGGACGGCACGUUGCGGUCGACAGUCUUGCAGGGCUUGGUGCCGGGCAUGCUGUACCGCACGGAGGUGGCGGCAGCCACCAGCGCAGGCAUUGGUGUGAGGAGUGCACCCGUCACCAUUCAGAUCAAGCCCUUGCCAGACCAGGACUCGGUGUCCGUGAGCAACGGGGACAGCGUGAGCCUCGCCGAGCAGAUCACCGAUGUGGUGAAGCAGCCGGCCUUCAUUGCUGGCAUCGGAGGAGCCUGCUGGGUCAUCCUGAUGUGCUUCAGCGUGUGGAUCUAUUGUCGCCGGAAGAAGAGGAAGGAGCUGAGUCACUACACGGCCUCCUUUGCAUACACGCCAGCAGUCUCUUUCCCCCAUGCGGAUGGGCCAGCACGAGGCAGUGGCAGGCCUGGCAUGCUGGCCAUGGCUACAAGUACUUCCAGCUAUCCGUGGCUGGCAGACUCGUGGCCAGCCCCAAAUCUGCUCCGGAAUGGGAAGGCAAAGGAACCCGGAGUGGCCUGCUGCACAGGAAACCACAAUGCCACGGAGAGAUAUUACAACAAUGCUGGGAUUUCCAACUACAUCGCACAGACCGAGAAAUUCGGAACGGGGGUGUCUGACGGGCCCAUUUACAGCACCAUUGACCCUGCCAGCGACGACAUGAGGACGUUCAAUGGGGCUUUUUCCCAGCACACCACCCCAUACGCCACGACACCCGUAGUGCCAUACGGAGCGACACAUUUGCAUUCGCCGGAGGAAGAGGAGAGCCCGUGGAAUGCCCCUCCUGGGGUCUCCGGCAUCCAGUAUGCCCAGCCUGAGCGGGGCAGGGCUGAGAGCGUUUCUAAGCCUGGGAAACAGAAGUUGAUGGGAAAGCCGGUGAAGACGCCAUCCUUGAACUGGACCGAAGUGCUUCCUCCACCACCUUCCGCCAGUGAACUGAGUCAGUAUGUGGAAGAAGAGGAGGAGGAGCAGGAGGAGACAGAAGUCAAUUCAGAGGUAGAGGAGUGGUGCCCACCCCUGCCAGAAAGGACGUACCUGAUGGAGAACAUCCAGGAAGAGGAGUGUCCUCCUCCCCCACCUCGUGGAGAUGCCUCCUCUCCCGCUAACUCCUAUGGUCAGCAGUCCACAGCCACGUUGACCCCCUCACCCCGAGAUGAGAUGAGAGCUUCCGAGGACAUCCCCAGACUACACCACUUUGAGAUUCCACACCUGCCCAGGCGGCUACCCAAUGGCUCGGGGCCAUCGCCCAGGGCCUUGAGUCCUCCUUUGACUCAGUCCAACCCAAACCUAAAUGUGGUCGAAGAGGGACCCGAAGGCAGCGCUCCCAAGCAAGGCCAUCGACGUAACCUGAGCCAGACUCCAGCGCACAGUGCAGAGAAUGUUGACUCCCCGGGAAUAGGAAAACCCCAGCCCAGCCCAGGAGACAUGCCUCUCCCGCCAGGGCAGAAAGCAAAAGGCAAGAAGAAAUCCAAGUCUAGCCACUACCGUCGAGAGAAGAAACAGGGAGAUCUCCCACCACCCCCCUUGCCACCUCCAGCAGAAGACCUCAGCUGCUCUGUUCCGGACAGCGCAUCGCGACUGGCCUGCAACACCUCCUCUCUGGAGAAGGACCUGAACGGUGCCUCAGUCAUGGAGCGGAAGGUCACUCCUCGCACAGUGGCAGGACAGCACUACCACCAGCACCGAGACGAGGAGGAAAUCAUCCCAUACAGCAAGCCCAGCUUUCUCUCCCGAAGCCAGGUGUCAAGCAAUUGCUCCACAACAGGAAGCUCUUCUUCCAGGGGGUCAACGGGAUCUAGAGGUCACGGGUCAGGACGCAGCCGGACAGCAGGGGAUCGCAGCGAGGAGAAGAGAUGAAGCCCAACGGAGUCAGCAUGAGCAACGCAAGACCUACAAACCCAGCACUCCGUGGACUUUGGGCUGGGGGGUUCCUGUGCUUCUAAUUUAUGACCCUCCAGAAGGAGCCGCAUGGCCUGGCCCCUUGUAAAUACGUUUGCGCCUGGGAGCCAAGGAAGCUGUAUUUAUAAACCAGGAGAAAGGGACGACUGAGCCUGUGGGCCUGAUUUUUGGAAACGUUGGCAUUUCUGCAAGCGGAGGGCUUGUGCCCAGCGGGAGGGGGGGAUGGGAGACGGCGGCAGGGGAAGGGAGUUUGCCUGUGGUCAGCCCGCUCAGGAUGGGCAGAGAGAGCAGCCCGGCCAUCUAAGCACAGGCUCCGACACUGCCCAGGGCGUUCCGCCUUGCCCUGCCCCAAGGCAGGGAGCAGCAGGUGUUUCUUUGAUAGAUCAUGAACCCUUUUGUAAAAUGACCAAUAAAGCUGUUUGUUA